GUCGAUAACAAUAUGAGCUUGUGAGAAUCACAUUUUCUUGUCCAAGCGUCAUGUCCACAAAGAACCAUGGAUACUCCGCAACCCCAUGCUUCCUAUGUCAAAGCUCAGGAUUCUCUUCCACAUCCUGUCCGUUCGACCGAAUCCGCUUCUCGCACUCACCCAUCCGUCAUCGUACCAUCAACCACUACCAGAACAUUUCCAAAGCCCAUACCCCGCAUCAUGGGACGUUUUCGGGUGUCUAGUGUAUUAUUAUUAAUCCGUAUAAACUUUCCGCUGCUGACUGGGCCCAAUCCGCCUCUCUGCAUACACGAAGAGCAGCUACCCGGAAUCCUGCUGACAUCGCUUAGUAUAACUAGCACAGGCGACCAUAAGAAUUCAGGUUGAUCCUGAGCACUGCCACAUCUCCCGAAAAUUGCUGUAUCUAGCAAGGAGUCACUGCCGGGGCGGAGGAGAUCUUUCCUUGGUUUCGUCAUGGUAUAUCCCUAUCAUGUUG